GUGAAAAGGGGAGGGGGGACGCCCUGCGCAUGCGUGCCAGCGCCCAUGCAAAUCUGCUGUACAUCCAGAGAGCAAAGUGGGAUGAUCUGUCACUACACCUGCAGCACCACGCUCGGAGGACAGCUCCUGCCUGCAGCUUCCAGACCCAGGAAGCCUGAGGGGAAGGAAGGAAGUACAGGCGAAAUCAUCAGAUUGGCUUCCCAGAUUUGGGAAUCUGAAGCGGGCCCACAUCUUCCGGCCAACUUCCAUUGAACUUCCCAGCACUCGAAAGGGACCGAAAUGGAGAGCAAAGAACCCCAGCUGAAAGGGAUUGUGACAAGGUUAUUCAGCCAGCAGGGAUAUUUCCUGCAGAUGCACCCAGAUGGCACCAUUGAUGGGACCAAGGACGAAAACAGCGACUACACUCUCUUCAAUCUAAUUCCCGUGGGCCUGCGUGUAGUGGCCAUCCAAGGAGUGAAGGCUAGCCUCUAUGUGGCCAUGAAUGGUGAAGGCUAUCUCUACAGUUCAGAUGUUUUCACUCCAGAAUGCAAAUUCAAGGAAUCUGUGUUUGAAAACUACUAUGUGAUCUAUUCUUCCACACUGUACCGCCAGCAAGAGUCAGGCCGAGCUUGGUUUCUGGGACUCAAUAAAGAAGGUCAAAUUAUGAAGGGGAACAGAGUGAAGAAAACCAAGCCCUCAUCACAUUUUGUACCGAAACCUAUUGAAGUGUGUAUGUACAGAGAACCAUCACUACAUGAAAUUGGAGAAAAACAAGGGCGUUCAAGGAAAAGUUCUGGAACACCAACCAUGAAUGGAGGCAAAGUUGUGAAUCAAGAUUCAACAUAGCUGAGAACUCUCCCCUGCUUCCCUCUCUCAUCCCUUCCCCUUCUCUUCCCUCCCAUUUACCCAUUUCCUUCCAGUAAAUCCACCCAAGGAGAGGAAAAUAAAAUGGCAACGCAAGACCUAGUGGCUAAGAUUCUGCACUCAAAAUCUGCCUUUGUGUAGGACAAGAAAAUUGAACCAAAGCUUGCUUGUUGCAAUGUGGUAGAAAAUUCACAUGCACAAAGUUUAACACACUUAAAAGCAAAGGAAAAACUAAAAUCAGAACUCCACAAACAUUAAAUAAAACUGUAUUGUUAUGCGUAGAAGGCUAAUUGUAAUGAAGACAUUAAUAAAGAUGAAAUAAAGUUAUUACUUUAAAGGAAAGGGUUUUGGAGAACUGAACUCACAAACUGAUAUUAUAUACUAAAUAGCUUAAACUCAUGAUAAUGCUGCGAUGUGUGGUUUUGCUUGAUUUUGUAUUUUAUUUGGGCAUCUGGAAUUGACACACCAUUACAUUCUGUUUGCAGGAUUUUUUUGUAACCAUGGAAUUGAACAUUUCCAAAUUAUAAACUAUUCUAAUACCUGUAAAAUAUAUAGCCAGGAACCAUUUAUCAUCAAGAAAAGAGUAAGAAAUUAUUUUUGAGAUGUAAUUUAAGAUUUUCUUAUGUAAAAGGAAAGUCUUGUAUUGAAUAGCCUUAACGAAUUUAAUUAUUUCGUAAAAAUAAUUUCAAAUUAUCCUAGAGUAUAAUAUUUUUAUCAAAGAUAUUAUUUCAGAAGUUUUUUGUUUUUUGGUUUUUGGGGUUUUUUUUUUUUCAGUAAUUUAGGAAAAAAAGUUACUGUUCUAAUGCUGAAGUGACUUUUGGGAAUUCUUUGCCAGUGCCAUGUCUAGGUGGUAAGAUAUAAGUUACUUGCUGUUAGCAUUUGGUCUGAUUUUUUGCUUUGUGGACACCUUUGAGUAUAAGUGCAUGUUUUAGAAAGCUUUGUAUCCUGUCUUGCAACAGGAAAGAAAGAAGAGGGGUUUUACAUAAGGAAAUAAGUCCUAGGAAAUUAGUCAAUGCAAAUUGCAUUUGCCUUUGUACCUUACCACAGUCUUAUAUUGUUUUUUAAACUCUGCCAUGAAAUUUGGAGACAUGACUGUGAAAUUCCUAACUUACUAUCUUGUGAAGCCAGUAGCUAAUUUGUUGCUACACACACACAUACACACACACACACACACACACACACACACCCUCAUUUACAAGUCUAGUUUGCAAUUCGUUUGUUUCCUAGAACACAGAAAGGUACCAGUAAUACACUAAAUUUUCAAGGGGUGUAGAGAAAUAAUAUGGAAUUAGCAGCUAUGACUCCAGCAGACAGGAUUGUGUGAGCAGCUUAAAGUAGCAAAAUAGAACUCAGUGUAAGAGAAGGCACAUACAUAGUUAAGAAUACUAAAGUAUUUUUAAAAAUCAAGGAAGCAAUAAAUGUUAUAUCAUUUGCAUUGGAAUAAAUAGAUCUAUUUAGUCCUACAAAUCAAGAGUGGUGUAGAGACAUCCAAAUUUAAAGAAAAAAACCACACAAAACAGAAUGUUAAAAAAUGUAUGCAGAUUUAUGGAUAUUACCAAUGAGAAGACAUAGCAUGUAACUUCUCCUAUAUCUCUACUGUCCAGCAUGUAUUGUUCCAAAUACGACUCCCUAAAUAUAUACACUUUGCAGAAGCUCUAGGCCCUCACCUCAAACCUUGCCAUUGGUUGCCGUAUUUCAAGGUCAACAUAGUUUCCCUCACUUUACACAAUCAUCAUUCUUCAAUAGUGGAUCAUAUCCUUCACCAAGUAUCCUAUUUAUGUUAUCUAGAGGUUAGCAGAAAAUGAAAUGAAGCAAUUUACCUAAGCAGUUGGGAAGAACAAAUGUUAUGCAUCUAGGCAAAGAUUUUGAAGAUACAUUUGUAAGAGAUAUUUGUUUAACCAAAAUAUUUGGAAAGUAACAAAGACAGACAUUUAAAUUUUCUAAAAAUGGACUUGCUCUUCUAGGAAAAGAAUACCCUUGGGGAAAAAAAUAUAACUCUAGCUGUAUUUCUUCUUGUCACUCUUGAUUCAACUUGAUUAUAAAUACACCUGUCACUACUAGAACCAAAAAAAAAGAAAAAAGAAAAAAAUCCCAAGCACAAAGUUUAUUUUAUUUGAAAAAAAUUAAAAAGAAACCUCAACACUAUGGGACACUGGCUCUUUUAGCAUGAAAUGACUUGAGCUUUUGUGGUGAUACACACAGAUACACAUUCAUCAGUGAAACAAUUGAUGGUUUCACAAAUAAUACAAUUGAUGAAAUUCAUAAAAAAUCAAUCACAAUGGUGAUUUCAUGACAAAAUAUAUUUAAGUUGGAUAUGAAAAAAAUAGAGAUAUGAAUCACUAACAAAAGUCCUCCCUCUAUUUUCAGUGGCUAUUCAUCAUUUAUCAUCUAGACUCACAUUUAUCUCCUUCUGAUAGCAGUUAAGAAAGAAUUCUAACCACCCAAUUUGUAUAUUGUUUUUCUCUGUAUUAUGUUAAGCAAAUGUUCACUGCAGUAAAAUGUUUUGGAAAUUAGCUUUGUCUUAUUUCCAGUUUAGUUCAGAGAAUUAAUUGGAAACCUUGUUUCUUUUAUACAUAAACCUGACAAAAAAAUGUAGCUUACAGCAAAGGGUCACUGUUAGCUUAACUGCUGCUUAUGUCUUAAGUACAUAAAACCUUUAAUAGAAUAAGCCAGUAGUCACUGAGUUUUUAAAAAUAUUACCAUGUGUAAACAUAUAAUAUCCAACUUCAUCCAAAAAUAUGAUUGAGUUUAAGUACUUUGGUUUUCAGGCAUAUUUCAAGUAUAAUACUUCUUUGAUUUUCAUUGUUCUGAUUUCUGGGUCUUCAAUUCAUUCAUCACCUAUUCCUUUUUAAGUAAAAUAAGUUUUAUUUUUUGAGUUGCAUUGGGAUUUUUCCCAGGAAAAAUAUGACUUUUAGUAAUGCUUUGCAAUUGGCUGUGCAGAUAUAAAUUAAGAUAUGUUUAUCCUGAGUUCUUAUUGGAAUAUGUGUCAAAAUCAACGAGCUUAAGAAUGAAAACAAAACUUUUGAGCAUCUCACAAAAUAGCUUUCUGGUCAAUAUACCUUACUUGAUUUGUAAGCUCGGAGAAUAAAGUAUAGAAACAAGUGGAGCUGAAGUUCCAUUUGCUAAUUCAGAGACUUUUGUGCUUCUGCAAAUUGGAGGGCAGCAAGCCAUCCUAUUCUCAUAAUAAUAGUUUUGGCUUUGAAAUUUACAUACAAAUUUAAUAGCAUAUUUUUAGCCAUUAUGGAUUGGUGCAAUAAAGAGAUAUCAAUGUAAUGCAAUGUGAUGCUUUAUGGGCCUCAUUCUAAUUCAGAAAGCUGGUUUAAAAGAACUAAGACUCUUCUGUUUAAUAAAAUAACAACAAUCUAAUAUCUAGAUUGGUGAUCCUGCAGUGUCACCAGUGGGAGAUGAGAGUAUUAAGACAAGAGUAAGGACAAGGAAAGACUUAAAGGUUGCAUACUGAGAAGUUUGGAAUUCCUAAUUUGGGAGCAUUGAUUUCUUGGUGAAGAAGUAAGUAUGACUACAUUGCCAGUAAUUUUUUUAAAACAUAGACCCAGAAAUAGCAAAUCUAUUUCACCCUCAUACCUUAGUCUACAAGGCCUUGCUCUUGAGAAGGUUUUCCAUGAUAUUGCUUAAUUUCAUCUGCAAGAUGAGACGCAAACAUAAAAAUUCCCUGCUCAUUUUAAUACCAUGAAAGGCUGAGGUUAUUUCUCUGUCAUAAAAUUGUAAAUAGCAUUUUUUAAGUCAAAAUUACAUUUAAAACAGUGGAUUGUUCUACAAAUAUAUAUGUGUAUAUAUACAUAUGCUUCUGAAAUAAGGAUAUAUUAUAUAGAGUUUUUAUUUGAUUUGUGGUCUUUAGUCAUACAUAGUCAAAAAUAAAGAGACUUGAAUGCAAAACUUUA